CCACAUCAUUAAGUUUUUUCCACAUUCCCAAAAAUUCCCAAAUAGGCCAUCACACUUGUUACAGAAAAAUCCCAAUCGCACUGCAAAAGUUUUAAAGGUCGAGAAAUCGGCUUCUCAUAAAAUCAAUUUGGUCAGUCGUUUCGUUUGCAGUGACAGUUACACCACCAACCAUCUUCCUCACCAAUUCUUCGUUUUCGUCUUCUUCAUCUAUUGUACGGAAACCACAAAAUUUUCACCCACACAAAAAAAAAAAAAAGGAAAAGAAAAAGAAGGAAGAAAAGCCAAGGCCAUCAUCAACAAAAAGCUAUGGAUUGGGGCAACGUGACAGCGGAGGAUCUGAUCGACGCACUCCGCGAGGUCGACUGGUCGUCGCCGCCUCGCCCGUUCUCCGAAUUCUUCUCCAGAUUCACCGUCCCCAGAUCCUAUCCCAAAUGGAAUAGCCGCCUCAAAUGCAAUCUCUACUAUUACCGAACGAACUACUUCAUUUUGAUCAUUUUCAUUCUUGGGUUGGGGUUUCUUCGGAGGCCAUUGGCUCUUCUAGCUGCUUUUCUGACGGCACUAAGCAUUGCUUUUCUAAAUGACAGUUUUGCAGGUACUUUUAGUGAGAAGGUAACAAGGACUGUGCGGCAAUUCUCUCCACAUUUAGCAGCAAAAAUGAGGCAUCCUCUUACGCCUGUUAUUCGUGGACGUCCAUCAGCAAAAAGAGCAAUAUAUAUCUGUGGUCGGCCUCGAUGGGUGUUUGUUUUGAUAUUCUCUUCUGUAAGUUUUACUCUAUGGUUUGUUUCUGCGGGUCUCUUGACUGUUUUAUGGGCACUUGCCAUUGGACUUCUUGCCACUUUACUACAUGCUAGCUUCAGAACCCCUAACUUGAAAGCUCGUCUGAACACAUUUCGCGAGGAAUUCCGUCAAGUUUGGCGCAACUACAGUGAGCUGUAGCUUAUGUAGACUUUCUGUAUUGGAUUUCUCUAUUGAUCGUGAAAUCUCAUACCAGUUGUUCUUCUGAAUUUGGGCAUAGCUGCUGUUGCUGAUGCUACCAAAUAAUUUCUUAGGUUGGCUGAAAUUCUGAGAUGGAGGUUGCCUACUACCUCCGCAGGCAAAUCGAUUGUAAAUUGUCAUGAACUCUUCUUUGUAAAGCAAAUUGUUUCUAUUUAUCAUCCAUGUUUGUAAGAAAUCUUGGACGAGUCCCAUAUGCAGUUGUUGCUGUCUUAAAGAGUAUCGUGGGCAAUGCCCAUUCUGGACUCUGGUUGUCAUAGAACUCUCUGUCGCUCUUUACUAGACCAUAGUUUACUUACAUUAGCAUUGUGAUGCAAUGAUUUGCGCUGAUCAAAUUAAAAUUUUAUAGGUGUUCGCUUCUCAA